AUGUCAGGAAAAGGAAAGGUUCAUGGAGGCAAAGGUAAAUCCUCAGAAAUUGCAAGAUCGUCAACUUCUCAUUCAGCAAGGGCUGGUUUACAAUUUCCAGUUGGAAGAGUUAAAAGAUAUUUAAAGAGAAAUGUUCAAAACAAAGUUAGAGUUGGUUCAAAAGCUGCUAUUUAUUUAACUGCUGUUUUGGAAUAUUUGACAGCAGAAGUCCUAGAAUUAGCAGGUAAUGCUGCCAAAGAUUUAAAGGUUAAGAGAAUUACCCCAAGGCAUUUACAAUUGGCUAUUAGAGGUGAUGAAGAAUUAGAUAACUUAAUCAAGGCCACUAUUGCUUAUGGUGGUGUCUUACCACACAUUAAUAAAGCCUUAUUAUUAAAGGUAGAAAAGAAAAAGCAAAAAUAG